AUGUUAGCCUUCCUCGCUGACAACUGGAUCCCGAUCCUCCUCCUGAUCCUCACAUACAAGAACCUCCCCUUCGUGUGGCUUAUCCGUUUCCUCCGCACCCUGACCACCCGCAUCCUCAUCUCGCCAAUCCGCAACCACCACCUCCACCCAACCCACCUCUUCCUCCCCGCCAUCCACCGCACCCGCUCCCCAGCCUCCGAAUGCGACUACAACAUCCACAAGUCCAACUCAACAUACUUCACGGACCUAGAUAUCUCACGCGGAAACCUCAAUCUGCUGCUUUUCAGCCAAGGAUUGUCGUUUCGUCCCUCGCGGCGCCACGCCGUCAUGAUUUUAAGUGGCGUGCAGUGCGUGUUUCGGCGCGAGAUUAAGCCGUAUCAGGGGUAUGAGGUUUGGUCCAGGGUUAUGAGCUGGGAUGAGAAAUGGGUGUAUAUUGUUUCGCAUUUUGUGGAGAGGGGGGUGUUUAGGGUUGGUGGGAGGGUUUUGCAACGGACUUUUUCUUCUACUUCUUCUAUGACUACACCUUCAUCCGCACCGAAAUCUAGAUCUGUGGGGGAAUGUGAAAGAGAUGAGAUUGGAGGCAAGGAAGACGCACAGAAAAAAGUCUUCGCGUCUGCGGUCUCGAGAUACGUUUUCAAGCAGGCUAGGAGGACGUUUCCGCCGCGGGAGAUGCUGGUCAAGUGUGGGCUUUUACCGAAUUCUGGGGAUUUAGAAGAAGACGAGGGCAUGGAAGAGAUGUUGAAGGGGAUCGAACAGCGCCGAAAGAGAGAUUUGGAGGCGGCGCAGUUGAAGAUGGGCUGGGAUGCGGUGCAUAAUUCGUUUGAUCCGGACGUGAGUCGCGUUUUGGGGAGGUAUACGGAUCUGUUGUGGCGGUGA